AGCUUUAUAAAGCUUGGCCACGAUAAAAAUAAAGUACAUCUACAUUUUGUUAAUACUAUUGUACAAAGGAAAAUGUUGCUAAACUAAUUGGCAAUUUAGCCACAAGAACGGCCGCAAAAAUACAAGUGCAAUACGUGCAAACGCUGGGACAGCGCGCUUUUCAUUUUGCUCUGCUCGUUAUCACGCAAAAACGCCGCCGCCAACACGUACGCACACCAGUAAAAAAUAAAAAAAAAAACAAUAAAGACAUCAGCGCCACCGCCACCACCACCACCAACAGCUUCACAUAUGCACUAAACUAACCGCAAUUGCCGCUACAGCUGCAGCAACUACUAAAGCAAAAGCCAUACAAUCAAUAUACCAAAAAAAAAAAAAAAAAAAACGCUUGCAAACAAGGCAAACGCUUCAAUAGAAGAGAGAGUGAAAUGAUAAAGUCUACUACCAACACACAGGAACUGCGUCUGCCACGCCCCGACGAACAGCAACCGCCACCACAGCAGCCGGCACAUCAACAACUACCAACCGUCAUAGCAAACGUAGCCGCUGGAUCCCCUGCCGCCACCGCGCACACAAUGGAUACGCUGAAGACUGCGUUCCUGCCAAAUCUCAGUAUGGAUCCCAACGUAAUAAGUACUCACUACUGCCCAAUGUGUCAUCAGCAAUUUGAGCGAGCGCAGCAUGCUGCAGAACACAUGCAUCUGUGUCAUGGUAUCGCGUUGAAUACUCAGGGAUCUAUCACGACGCUGGAGGCUGCACAGCAGCAGCAACAACAGCACUUGAAACCUAGCUAUCCCUGUAACAACUGUGAUGAGAAGUUUGUGAGCGCCCAGCAGCUGGACGAACAUUAUCGCAUGGCGCACCAAGCCCCGGCAUUUCUAGCUCGCUGCAUUGUCUGCAGCGUCUAUGGCGUCAAUUCAGCCACGCAGAAUCCCGACGAAUACAAGUGCGCACAUUGCGGCUCCUUGUGUACAGCAGCUAUGUUGGCGGCUGGGCAGCAAGCGUUUAUGGAGCAGCAGGAGGCGCCAGUAACGCCAGACGAGAUGCCGGCAAUUGCGCCGCGUGAUAUGAGACUGACGCCGGAAGAGCAACAUCAUCAGCAGCAGCAGCAGCAAUUGCAGCAGGAACAACAACAUCAUCAUCAACAACAGCAACAAGAGCUGUUGGAGCAUCAGCAGCGGGAUCAACAGCAGGACGAUUUGAGUGAUGCAACAGCACAGGGGGCGCUGAAGGUGCCUCCACUGACGGUCAAGCUGAACAAAAAUGGCAAUGGUGGCACUGUCACGCAUCCGCAAGUUAUCAUUAAGGAGGAGCCGCUCAGCCUGAGCGAUAGUGGCGAUGUCAACUCGGUGCCUGCCUAUGCAAUUCAAGCGAAUCCAGCCGUGCAGCCACCAACUUCUGGCGCCACCGCCACCAGCGUACUUGUGAGCCCGCAAACGGGGGCCUCUGAUCAGGCGCACAAGAUUCGGCACAAAUGUCCCGAUUGCCCGAAAACUUUCAAGACACCCGGCACGCUGGCCAUGCACCGCAAGAUACAUACGGGCGAAGCAGACGCCACGCCCAAAGAACGCCCCUACACGUGCUCCUACUGCGGCAAGUCCUUCACUCAAUCGAAUACACUAAAACAGCACACUCGCAUACAUACAGGUGAGAAACCAUUUAGAUGUGGCUAUUGUGGCAGGGCGUUCACUGUUAAGGAUUACCUGAACAAACAUUUAACGACUCACACGGGUGAAAAACCAUUUCAUUGCGGCUACUGUGAGAAAUCCUUCAGCGUUAAGGAUUAUCUAACGAAGCACAUACGCACACACACCGGCGAGAAACCAUACACCUGUCCGUACUGUGACAAGCGCUUCACGCAGCGUAGCGCUCUCACCGUUCAUACAACGAAGCUGCAUCCGCUCUAGGGAAGGCCCAGCGGUGGGCGCGUAAUAGUUGACCCAAAGAAACCAAGCACCACAGCUUAGAGAACAACAACCAACAAACUCAACAGUAAUGAAAGACGAUUUCAAAGACGAAACCUUUAAAUGGCGGGAACAUCAAGCAACCAACGACAGGCAAAUUUUCACAGUGCUGCUAGGGCUCGUGUUAGGAUUUUGCUAAAUAUAAAUUAAACUAAAGGAA